AUGGGUGAAUUGAGUGAGUUCCAGAAGAGGAGACUGGAGAACAUUAAGAGAAACAAUGAUUUGCUUAAAAAACUGAACUUAAAUGGUGUAUCUAAACAGCUCAAAAGUGAAGUAGGAGUCGAUGAUAAACCCAAGGCCAGAAAUCGCGGUAGUAAAAAGCGGGUAGUUAAAAGAGAGCCUAAGCCAGUCAAAGUACCAACGAGAAGAUCAAGAAGAUUGAUGGGUGAAUCUUCUGAUGGCAAAGAAGUACCGCACGUCAACGAUCAUGAACUGCUAAAAAACACCACUUCUGAAAGUAAGCUGGAAGAAUUGAAAAACACGGCUGUGGUAGGAGACGUUAAGUUAAGUGAUCUGUUGAAAUCUGAAGAUGAGAGUGAGCUCUUAGCUCGAUUUCAAAGCUAUAACAACAAAACCUUUUCUUCAGGGGACUUCUUUCAAGAGAUACAGAAGCACAAGAAGGUAUCUCGAGACGUGGCUCAACUACAAAAAGAGCUUGACUUGCAACUGUACGAGAUUUUUGAGCCUAAUGAAGUCAAAAUUGUUCAUGACCGUAUUAGCGCGAUGUUUUUCCAUCCAUCGAUAGACCGGAAACUUGUGAUCGGCGGUGAUACCACAGGACAUGUUGGGCUCUGGAAUGUGCAUUUGGAAAAGCCUGCCGAUGAGGUCGAAUCUCCAGAUAUUACUACGGUUAAACUUUUCAACAAAAACGUUGCGAAGAUUGACGUAUUUCCACAAGACACUAGUAAAUUAGCCACUGCUUCUUACGAUGGCCUUUUAAGGUCCAUAGAUUUGACCACUUUCCAAAGCGAUGAGAUGCUCACGAUGAAAGACGAGUACGACGACUAUAUGGGUAUCAGUGACUUUCAAUUUAGCUUCGAGGAUCCAAAUCAAAUUUUCUUGACUACGUUGGGCGGAGAGUUUGCGGCCUUCGAUCUUCGGACAAAGCCAACGUCUACCAAUAUAAGAAGGUUGGCGGACAAGAAGAUUGGGUCCUUCAGCAUCAAUCCUCAACGACCUUACGAGAUUGCUACUGGGUCGCUGGAUCGAACUCUUAAACUUUGGGAUGUGCGGAAAGUUGUCAAAUCCCCGUCUUGGCUACAGAAUGAGGACUAUCCAAGCCACGAGUUAGUUUCCACCUACGACUCGAGACUUAGUGUGUCUGCUGUGUCUUAUUCACCGCUGGACGGUUCUUUGGUUUGCAAUGGCUAUGAUGAUACGAUUCGUAUUUUCGAUGUAAAAGAAGUCCCUCCCGCGGAGUUGCAGCCAAAACUUACACUUAAACAUAAUUGUCAAAGUGGAAGAUGGACAAGUAUAUUGAAGACACGCUUCAAAGCGAAUAUGGAUGUUUUUGCAAUCGCUAAUAUGAGUAGAGCCAUUGACAUUUAUCACAGUUCCGGUGACCAAUUGGCCCACCUAAAGACAGCGACAGUACCUGCUGUAUUGAGUUGGCAUCCCUUGCAAAACUGGAUAGUCGGGGGUAAUUCAAGCGGCAAAGUGUUUUUGUUUGAAGAUAGGAGGCAGCAGUGA